AUGGACCAUUUUAGUGUAAGCUACGACCAGUUACCUAUGACAGAGCCCUUCAUGCAUUGCACCAUUCCCGAUAGAAUACAAUACUAUGCUACAAACAGUCCGGACAAAGCCGCAUUUAUUAUUCAUUCUACGUCUGGAGGUCGUGAAGUUAUAACAUGUGAAGAUGUAUACCAGCAAAGUCAGACAUUUGCUAGGGGUCUUGUGCAUCUUGGAAUUCAGAAAAGUGACACUAUAGGUCUGUUUUUUCCAAACAGUAAGGAGUGGCUUGUUUCAACCUUUGGAAUAUUAAUGGCAGGAGCGUUCCUACCAGCUUUUGCGAUGGAAAUUCUGAAAAGAGACGAAAAUGAAAUAAGUCCAAGAGUUGUAGCUACCUGUGGAGCUCCUGUUCCAAAAGAAUGUGCUCAAGUUGUUCCAAGAUUUUGUAAAGAAUUUAUAUGUCUUUAUGGAUCAACAGAAAUGGGAUGUGUUUCGGUGAAAAGGUCUCAAGCGGCGUCCGACUUUUCCGACUAUAAUGUCGGUAAACCUUUGCCGGGAGUCGAAAUGAAAGUCGUCGAUACCGAAGGAAAAACAAUGCCACAUAAUGAAGCAGGGGAGCUAUUUGUUCGACAUCGAGUUGCUUUUGGAGGUUACCAUAAAAAUCCAGAUAAAACAAAUCAAGUACUGGGAACUGAUGGGUGGUACAAAACAGAUGACAUAGCAUUCAUGAAUGAAUAUGGAGAUUUUACAGUCACAGGACGUUGUUCAGAUAUCAUUUUAUGUCAUGGUGAAUCAAUCUCGCCAUCUUACAUCGAAGACGAGAUUAAAAUACAUCCAGCAGUAGCAGAAAUUUGUGUAGUUCCUGUCAGUGAUCCAGUUUGCUUUCAAAAGGUCUGCGCGUGCAUCGUUUUGCGAAAAGGUUCACUACUUUCAGAAGAUGAACUCAGACCAUUUCUAUCAGUUGGUGCCAAAAGUCAUUUUAAAUUCGAAGAAAAUACUAGAAUCUAUCUUUUCUUUGAAAGGUUUCCUAAAACUGCGGUUGGGAAAAUUUUCCGAAGAGGUGUGAAGGAAGAAGCAGAACAAAGAAUAAAUGGAAGACAAUGA